CGGCCAGGGCUCGGGGCUCCCGGGCCGGCGGGGUCCGCCGGGGCCGGCAGCGUCCGCCCGGCGGCGGGAGGAGUGAGCGGCGUAGACAAAGAGCGGCAUCUGGGCGGGCGCAGCGCGGCCGCCGCCCCGGGACCCGCGCCUCUGCCCUCCGGCCUCGGCGUGCGGUGUGCAGCGAGUCUCAGCAACUCAGAAACUCUCCUCUGAAAGCCGGCUCACCUCUGCUCCAGCCCUGAGUUUGGGAUCUAAAGAUCCCAUAGAAUCUUCUCCUACAGUGCUGCUCCAGCUCAUACUUCUCUGCUGGGGUCUGAACUGACACAGGCUCUCAGAGGAUCACUGCAGCUUUGUAACCUUCAAGGUGUCCUCAGCUGGGAAAAAAAAAAACAAAACAAACCUCAUCUUUUUGAAGAGUGCUACGUUUUUGCCAGUCACCUCUUGCAACUGCGUGCCAAAGAAGGACUCCAUGAAAGAUGACAGAAGAAGUCAUUGUCAUAGCCAAGUGGGACUACACGGCCCAGCAGGACCAGGAGCUCGACAUCAGGAAGAACGAGAGACUGUGGCUGCUGGAUGACUCCAAGACCUGGUGGCGGGUGAGGAACGCAGCCAACAGGACGGGCUACGUGCCGUCCAACUACGUGGAGCGCAAGAACAGCCUGAAGAAGGGCUCCCUGGUGAAGAAUCUCAAGGACACGCUAGGCCUAGGAAAGACGCGCAGGAAGCCGAGCGCUCGGGAUGCAUCCCCAACGCCCAGCACUGAUGCGGAGUACCCGGCCAAUGGCAGCGGUGCUGACCGCAUCUAUGACCUCAACAUCCCCGCCUUCGUCAAGUUCGCCUAUGUAGCCGAGCGAGAGGAUGAGCUGUCGCUGGUGAAGGGCUCCCGUGUCACCGUCAUGGAGAAAUGCAGCGAUGGCUGGUGGCGCGGCAGCUUCAACGGGCAGAUCGGCUGGUUCCCCUCCAACUACGUGCUGGAGGAGGCAGAUGAGGCUGCAGCCGAGGCCCCCAGCUUUCUGAGCCUUCGUCGGGGCGCCGCGCUGAGCAAUGGGCAAGGCGCACGGGUGCUGCACGUGGUGCAGACGCUGUACCCCUUCAGCUCCGUCACUGAGGAGGAGCUUAGCUUUGAGAAGGGGGAGACCAUGGAGGUGAUUGAGAAGCCCGAGAACGACCCAGAGUGGUGGAAAUGCAAAAAUGCCCGGGGCCAGGUGGGCCUGGUCCCCAAGAACUACGUGAUGGUCCUCAGUGAUGGGCCUGCACUGCACCCCACGCACACCCCGCAGAUCAGCUACACCGGUCCCUCAGCCAGCGGGCGAUUCGCUGGUCGUGAGUGGUACUAUGGCAACGUGACGCGGCACCAGGCCGAGUGCGCGCUCAAUGAGCGGGGCGUCGAGGGCGACUUUCUCAUUAGGGACAGCGAGUCCUCGCCCAGUGACUUCUCUGUGUCUCUCAAAGCGUCAGGGAGGAACAAGCACUUCAAGGUGCAGCUGGUGGACAGCGUCUACUGUAUUGGGCAGCGGCGGUUCCAUAGCAUGGACGAGCUCGUGGAGCACUACAAGAAAGCCCCCAUCUUCACCAGCGAGCACGGGGAGAAGCUCUACCUCGUCCGGGCCCUGCAGUGAAGGCAGCCAUCGGCCUCUCCAUGCCCUGCCCACUGUGGGCCCUCGCUGCCACCUCCGCCUCCCAGAGCCCAGCGCUGCCAGCCACCUCCACCCACGCAGCCUGGAUCACCUCCGUGGCCCAGUGUGUCUUCUGCAGCCCUGUCGGUCAACCAUAGACACCCAAGCCCUCGUAGCCACGCCCACAACCACCACCUUCUGGCCACCUUCAGGUGGUGAGGGUCAAAGGGAGCAAAACUGCUCACUUUUUUCCUUUAUAAUUGGAAGCAGUCUGUUGAAAUCACACACACACACACACACACACACACACACACACACACACUCACAAAGACUGGGGCUUAUUCGGAGGGCAGAAAGUCUGUUAUGUAGUGAAUAGCACACUCUGAGAGCUGUGUCCAUGGGUGCUUGGUGCCUCCCAUCAGCCAUGCUGGUCCAGGGCCUGCAAUUUUAUUUUAUUUUAUUUUAUUUUUUGGCUGCAGGCUCUGCAGGAGUUCAAGAAUGUGCGGAUAGCAAUACUGGAAACCCUGGGGAGGUGGUGGGGAGGGACCUGCCCAGUGCCUUUGAGGCUGUGCUUGCAAUAAAAGAGGGUUGUUUUUUUGUUUUGGUUCGGUUUGGUUUUUUGGCCUGCAAAAGAGGCGACUGCAGGAAGAAAGAAACUUGGGUACUGUACCCCCGGUGUGCCAUCCGCAUAGUGCUCUUUCCCUCCUGCUCUUCGGCUUGUUUGAAUUUCACAGUUAUGUAUUUAAUUCUCAGAGUAAUAUGUAUCUGUAGCCGUUUGUUGACACUAAUAACAGAUGAUUAAGGAAAACAGCUGAUCUCUCGGGAUGUGAGCUACCAAUACUUUAUAAUACACACUAUAUAUAUAUAUAUAUAAUAUAUGUAUAUUAUAUAUAUAUUAUUUGCUUUACAGGGAAACAUUUUUCAGGGUUUACAAAAGAGUAUGUGAUUGGUAGUAACAGAAUGUUUAUGAAGAAAUUGCAUUUUCUUUUUUUUUCUUUCCAUUUGAACUUCUUUAUAGUUUGACUAUAGAGUCUUGAGAUGGCACAUUCCUAUGAUUGAAGAAGGGGUCUUGAGAUCCCCUAAACUUGCAUACCCAGUUUUUUGAAUAUUGUAAUAAAAAAAAAAGUAUCAUGA